AUGGUUGCAGACCCACGGAUCAGCGACAAGGAACUCGCAGCUAUCAAUGCUGCGGCGGUCACGCGCGAAUAUACGGUAAAACCACACAUCGACUACCGGACGGUCUCAGCAAUCAACGGGCCCCUCGUUGUCCUGGAUAAUGUCAAGUUCCCUUCGUACAAUGAGAUUGUACAGCUCACUCUGCCGGAUGGAACGAAACGUGGGGGCCAAGUCUUGGAAGUGCAGGGAAAGAAAGCCAUUGUGCAAGUCUUUGAGGGUACGUCGGGAGUGGAUGUGAAGGCGACGCAUGUCGAGUUCACGGGAAGCAGCAUGAAACUCCCCGUUGCUGAGGACAUGUUGGGUCGGAUAUUCAACGGUUCUGGCCUUCCGAUUGAUCAGGGUCCGAAGGUGUUUGCGGAGGAUUACCUCGAUAUCAACGGCUCUCCUAUCAAUCCAUAUUCUCGUAUAUACCCCGAAGAAAUGAUUCAGACCGGUAUUUCUACAAUCGACACCAUGAACUCUAUUGCCCGAGGCCAAAAGAUCCCUAUCUUCUCGGCAGCCGGUCUACCUCAUAAUGAGAUUGCUGCCCAAAUCGUGCGACAAGCCGGUCUUGUCAAGCGGCCGACAAAGGACGUCCAUGACGGCCAUGAGGACAACUUCUCUGUUGUAUUUGCGGCCAUGGGUGUCAACAUGGAAACGGCGCGGUUCUUCAAGCAGGACUUCGAGGAGAACGGAAGUCUAGACCGGGUCACGCUCUUCCUCAAUCUCGCUAACGACCCUACGAUCGAGCGGAUUAUCACGCCCCGUCUGGCCCUCACCACUGCCGAGUACUAUGCGUACCAGCUGGAAAAGCAUGUGCUGGUUAUCCUGACAGAUAUGUCAUCGUAUGCAGAUGCAUUGCGCGAGGUUUCGGCCGCGCGCGAGGAGGUCCCUGGUCGUCGUGGAUACCCCGGAUACAUGUACACUGACCUGUCCACCAUCUAUGAGCGUGCUGGACGCGUGGAGGGUCGCAAUGGCUCCAUCACCCAAAUACCGAUUCUCACCAUGCCAAACGACGAUAUCACGCACCCGAUCCCUGACCUGACAGGCUACAUUACCGAGGGCCAAAUCUUCGUGGAUCGUCAGCUGCACAACAGGCAAAUUUAUCCGCCAAUCAACGUGCUACCCUCGUUGUCGCGUCUCAUGAAGAGCGCCAUUGGCGAGAAGCUCACGCGAAAAGAUCAUGGCGACGUCUCGAAUCAGCUGGCAAGUUAUGCAAAAUACGCCAUCGGGCGAGAUGCCGCUUCGAUGAAGGCAGUCGUCGGUGAGGAGGCGUUGUCACCAGAAGACAAGCUUGCGUUGGAGUUCCUGGACAAAUUCGAACGGCAGUUCGUGGGUCAAGGUGCCUACGAGUCGCGAACCAUCUUCGAGUCCCUCGACCUUGCCUGGAGUCUGCUGCGUAUUUUCCCGAAGGAGCAAUUGAAUCGUAUAAGCCCCAAGAUCAUCGCCGAGUUCUACGGUCGCAAAGCGAAGAAGCCGACGGAGGACGCGCAAGCCAGCGGCCAGACAGACGGGAAGUUGAUUGAUGAUGAGUGA